GGGGAGGAACUUGGAGGGGCACAGGCCUAUGGAGCGGACCCCACUCCUUACUGGUAGUGGGUUUCCAUGCACAGGCUGGAUUCCUCCCCCUUCUCUCAACCCAAACCCUGACCCAGAGAGCAGAGUCUGAUUUGGAAGCUGGAGGACAAAGCCAUGUAAGGUCUGUGGAUAUCACUGCCGCCAGCUCAGACCCGCCUCCCAGCUCCGGCUCCAGCCUCCCUGCUCCCCACCCUCAGCAAAAGCAUCAGAAAACAAAGACGUUCUGCUAGCGUCCAGACUCCUAACCAAGAGAGUCCACUUCUGCUAAAAAGCCUGUCCGUCUUCAAGAACAAUGACCCAGAAGACCACCCUGGUGCUUCUGGCAUUGGCUGUCAUCACCAUUUUUGCCUUGGUUUGUGUCUUGUUAGCCGGUAGGAGCGGAGAUGGAGGUGGCCUGGGCCAACCUCUCCAUUGUCCGUCCAUUCUUCCCAGUGCCCAGCCCUGGACCAAUCCUGGCCAGAGCCAGCUGUUUGCAGACCUGAGCCCCGAGGAGCUGACAGCUGUGAUGAGCUUUCUGACCAAGCACCUGGGCCCAGGGCUGGUGGAUGCAGCCCAGGCUCGGCCCUCGGACAACUGCGUCUUCUCAGUGGAGCUGCAGCUGCCUGCUAAGGCUGCAGCCCUGGCCCACCUGGACAGAGGGGCGCCCCCGCCCGCCCGGGAGGCGCUGGCCAUCAUCUUCUUUGGUGCACAACCCCAGCCCAAUGUGACUGAGCUGGUGGUGGGGCCCCUGCCUCACCCAUCCUACAUGCGGGAUGUGACUGUGGAGCGACAUGGUGGCCCUAUUCCCUAUUACCGGCGUCCUGUGCUAGCCAGAGAGUAUAUGGAUAUCGAGCAAAUGGUCUUCCGCAGAGAGCUGCCCAAGAUUUCUGGGCUCCUCCAUCAUUGUUGUUUCUACAAACAUGGGGGACACAACUUGCUAAAAAUGACUUCAGCCCCCCGUGGUCUGCAAUCAGGGGACCGGGCCACCUGGUUCGGUUUGUACUACAACCUCUCAGGGACUGGUUUUUACCUACACCCUAUUGGCUUGGAGCUGCUGAUAGACCACAAGGCCCUGGACCCUGCCCUAUGGACCAUCCGGAAGGUAUUUUAUCAAGGCCGCUACUUUGAGAGUCUGGUUAAUCUGGAGGACCACUUUGAGGCCGGCCAGGUAAAUGUGGUGGUGGUACCAGCCAAUGGCACCGGUGGGUCCUGGUCCCUAAAGUCCUCAGUGCCACCAGGUCCAGCUCCCCCCCUGCAGUUUCAUCCCCAGGGACCCCGCUUCAGUGUCCAGGGGAGUCGAGUGGCCUCCUCUUUGUGGACUUUCUCUUUUGGCCUUGGAGCUUUCAGUGGCCCAAGGGUCUUUGAUAUCUGCUUUAAAGGGGAGAGAGUGGCCUAUGAAAUCAGUGUCCAGGAGGCCAUAGCCCUGUAUGGUGGCAAUUCUCCAGCAGCAAUGACGACCUGCUAUAUGGACGGCAGCUUUGGCAUUGGCAAAUACUCUACCUCCCUGACCCGUGGGGUGGACUGUCCUUACCUCGCCACCUACAUGGACUGGCAUUUCCUUCAGGAAUCUCAGGACCCCAAGACACUACGCGAUGCAUUUUGUGUGUUUGAACAGAACCAGGGCCUCCCGCUACGGCGACACCACUCAGAUUACUACUCCCACUAUUUUGGGGGUGUUGCGGAGACCGUGCUCGUGGUCAGAUCUGUGGCUACCUUGCUCAAUUAUGACUAUGUGUGGGACAUGAUCUUCCACCCCAACGGGGCCAUAGAAGUCAAAUUCCAUGCCACGGGCUACAUCAGCUCAGCAUUCUUCUUUGGUGCUGGUGAAAGGUUUGGAAACCGAGUUGGGGAGCACACGCUGGGUACGGUGCACGCCCACAGUGCUCACUACAAAGUGGACCUGGAUGUGGCAGGGUUGAAUAACUGGGCCUGGGCAGAGGACAUGGCUUUUGUCCCCAUGAACGUACCUUGGAGUCCCGAGUACCAGAUACAGAGGCUGCAGGUGACCCGGAAACUACUGGAGACGGAAGAGGAGGCUGCCUUCCCCCUGGGGGGUGCCACCCCACGCUACCUGUACCUGGCCAGUAACCACAGCAACAAGUGGGGUCAUAGGAGAGGCUACCGCAUCCAGACAGUCAGCUUUGCUGGGGAGCCACUGCCUCAGGGAAGCCCCAUAGAGAAAUCCAUCAGCUGGGGGAGGUACCACUUGGCUGUGACGCAGAGGAAGGAGGAGGAGCCUGGAAGCUCCAGCAUCUUCAACCAGAAUGACCCAUGGACCCCCACUGUGGAUUUCACUGACUUCAUCAAUAAUGAGACCAUCGCUGGGCAGGACUUGGUAGCCUGGGUAACAGCUGGUUUUUUGCACAUCCCACAUGCAGAAGACGUUCCCAACACCGUGACUGUGGGGAACGGGGUGGGCUUCUUCCUCCGGCCCUACAACUUCUUUGAUGAAGAUCCCUCCAUCUACUCUGCCGACUCCGUCUAUUUCCGAGGAGACCAGAAUGCCAGUGCCUGUGAGGUCAACCCCCUGGCUUGCUUGUCCCAGACUGCCACCUGUGCGCCAGACCUCCCUGCCUUUUCCCAUGCGGGCUUUAUUCACAAAUAAGUGUCCCGUGGAUGGACAGUCUAGCCAAGGGCCCUGGGAAAAGAGGUGCGGAGAGCAGCAGCUGGCAGUGUACAGGUCUGUCUGGUUCCUUCUGUCCACACGUCUCUGAUGUCUCCUCUCUCUUGUGCUGCACUUCCUGUCUCUCUCUCCCUGCCUGGAACAUCCUGAGCAUGAUGCCCGACCCACAGGGACACUGGCCUUUGUUGAGAGCGGCUGUACUGAGUUCCUGCCUCGGGAGACGAGUAGCCUGGCUAGGAGUCUGGAGUCUAUGGGCUUUUUCAGAUGGUUCCUUUCUUCAUUUUUCUUUUUGGCUUUUAUUAAAAAAUUUACGGUCACUUUGAAGACUCUGCAAUGAGGAUAAUUCUCUAGAGACCCCAAAGUAGGGACUCCCUGAGUCUUGACCUUCCAGAGACGGGCUGUGAAGGGGACCCCUGUCCACGCUCCUUUUCACUUAAGCCUCUUCCAUCUCUCCUUCCUCUCUCCUGCCCACACCUCCUGGAUUCCUGCUUACUCUUACAUUCUGUGAUUUCCCACUCAGUCCAAAGAGACGUCUGCCCUUCGUGUCCUCUCAGCCCUGAUUUCUCAACUGCAAUCCCUUCCUUUGGCCCCGAGGCUGUGGAAAUCUCAAAGGUGCAAUGGAACGUCUUAUUGGAAAGGACCAAGCUUGUUUGUCUCCUAACAUCUACCACGUAUCAAGAGUAGGAGUUGUCCCGCGCUACAGUCCUGCUCGGCACUCGGUCUAGAGACAGCAGGUGGCUCGGAGUUGCUAGGAUUAUGACAAAUGGUUAUUUUAUUCCAUGUCUCUGCAUGACUACGUCCUCUGUGCCCUGUAGUAGCCACUUUGGGGCAGUGGAAUAGAAACCAUGUGUUGACCUCAAAGGUGAGAAACAGAAAGCCCUGAGACGCCACGCCCAAACCAAGGGCCGUCCAAUCAGAGGCAAGCAUGCAAAUGAGUAUGAGAGAGAGAGGCAUGGCUUGGUGGGACCUGCUUUUCACGGUUUCCCAUCACUGCUUGACUUUCUUGAGAUCUGGACAGGGAGGGUACAAGGAAACACCAAGUGACUGGAAACAAGGCGCAUCGUUCCCGAGCAGACUGACCAGGCCAGGCCCAUUGUGACACAGUCUUCAAGUGCAAUCCAACUAAGCUAAAAACUGUUAGAUGCCAUUCCAUGUGAGUAGGAAGUAACCUUCAGAGGGAAGGGGCAUGUAGAAAUGUUUACGGUUCAUUCCCAGCUCGUGUUUUUAAAGGGAGGAGAAUAUAGAGGGAUGUGAUGGUGCACAGCUGUCAUCCCAGACUCCAUGCUGGGGGCUUGACUGAGCUACACAGUGAGACCUUAUCUCACAAAACCGAGGGCUAGAAGUGUGGCUCAGUGGUAGAGUACCCGAGGCACAGCUAUUUUGUUUCGUGUUUUUGUUUUUCUUUUAUCUUUUUUUGUUUUUUUUUAAAGAAAGAUUUCUUUGUGCAACAGCCUUGGCUAUCCUGGAACUUGCUUUGUAGACCAGGCUGGGUGGAACUCACAGAGACCCACCUGCCUCUGCCUCCCAAGUGCAAGGAUUACUGGCAUGUGCCACCACUGCCUGGCUCCGAGGCACAGCUUUACAAUAGAUAGAUAUAUUUUUUUGCCCAUCAUGUACAGGGUCUUGGGCUUAAUUCUCAGCACUGCUAAAAAUGAGAGAAAGGCACCCGAGAGAUGGCGCAGUGGUUAAGAGUGGAUACACUGUUCUUGCAGGGGACCCAAGUUCGGUUUCCAGCAUCACGACUACCUGUAACUCCAGCUCCAGGAGAGCCAAUGUCCUCUUCAUGGGGACCUAUACUCAGGCACAUACCCCCCCCACACAGACACAUACAUAUAAAGAGAAAUAAAAGAAUACUUUAAAGACCAAAGAAAAACUAAAAGCGAGGAGGUUAUAUGUGCAUAUUUGUUUAUUUCUGCAUUGAGAAGUGAGGAACACCAGUUACCUCCGGGGAGGAGAUGGGUGAGAGCAGACACUGGGUACUGCAUGCCAUUCUGGGAACAUACUGAAUUUUGAACCAUGUGACUAUAUUGCUUCAUCAAAAUAAAUAAGUGGGCCCGAUCAUGA